GGCAGUGUGAAACCCUCCAAAGAGCUCAUCUCCAAAAUCCCUUUUUGACAGAAGCUGUGCUUGAGUUGCUGGACCCCAAUAGCAAAGGCUUCUUUUAUCCCAGACUACAGUGACAUUGGCUCCACUUCAGUGACAGAAGAUGUGAGUGGACUGUGAAAGAGGUGGAAGGUAGUUGUGAUGCUGCUUGUUGGCACUGAGUUUUGAUGAAAUAUGUGGCAGGACUGACCCAAGAAUGGAGAGGACAAGAUGCCCCUUGUCAUCUAAAGCACACUUGGACUGCAGCUCCUUUUGGCAAGGAUUUUCCAUCUCUUUGACUAGCUGAGCAAAAGGAAAGCACCAAAGGAACAGAGGUGGGGACAAAACCCCUGGAGAGGCAGCUCUGGCUGCGCAACAUCCUGACUGCCCAGUGCUGGCUGUUCUCGAGUGCUGCGAAAGGGAUCACGUGAAGAGGCGGAGAGGCGGCUCUGCAGAGCCUGGGAGGCAUCGAGGUGUUGCUGGGGGGAUCCUGGGAGCUUCUGAUGGCGUUUGUAAGCCAGCAGCAGAUCCAAAAGUUCCGUGAGGAUGGCUUCCUUGUCCUUGAAGAUUUUUUCACUGCAGAGGAGUGUGACAGGAUGAGGAGUCAGAUUCAGAGGAUCAUAGCAGAGAUGGAAGUGCCACCACACUGUCGCACUGAGUUCUCCACCAAGGAAGAGGAGCAGCUCCAGGCACAGGGGAGCUCGGAUUAUUUCCUAACCAGUGGAGACAAGAUUAGGUUCUUCUUUGAGAAGGGUGUUUUGGAUGAGAGAGGUAACUUCCUAAUUCCAAAGGAGAAAUCCAUCAGCAAGAUUGGCCAUGCUUUACAUGCUUAUGAUCCUGUCUUCAAGCAAGUCACACACUCCUCCAAGGUGCAGGAAUUGGGAAGAAAACUAGGCCUUGAGAGACCAGUAGUUGUGCAAAGCAUGUAUAUCUUCAAGCAACCUGGCAUUGGUGGUGAAGUGACCCCACACCAGGAUGCCACCUUCCUGCACACAGAGCCUCUGGGCAGAGUUCUGGGGUUUUGGAUUGCCCUGGAAGAUGCCACACAGGAGAAUGGCUGCUUGUGGUUCAUUCCUGGCUCUCACACCAGUGGGAUUACCCGGAGGAUGGUCCGUACAGCUCCCGGUACCUCCACGUGUGUCGAGUUUGUAGGGUCAGAGCCGGCCUAUGAUGACAGCCAGUUCAUACCUCUGCCUACAAGGAAAGGUGGACUCAUCCUGAUCCACGGGGAAGUUGUCCACAAGAGUGAACUGAACAGCUCGGCAUCUUCUCGCCACGUGUUCACCUUCCAUGUCAUGGAGGCCAAAGACACCAGCUGGAGCAAAGAGAACUGGCUCCAGCCAACUCCUGAAUUGCCUUUUCCAUCACUCUACACUUGAAGGCAGUGAUUGGCUUCUGGAGUCAAUAGCUCAUCAAUACUCCUUUUGAUCAUUUGUUCGUGUUCCCUUUCAAUACAACUUUCACCAGAUCAGCUCUCAAGAUGAAUUCAUCCUCUUCUCAGAACGAGGACCCCUGACACAGCUGAAUUCACCUGGAUCAAACAGCAGCUUCUACUGCAGCAUGAGCCCUACUAGUGUGAGAGUAGUCACCCAGUCCUUUUGGUAAGGAAACCUUCCCUCUUGAGAACAGACCACUGCACCUUGACUGGGACCAGUUAGAAGUAUUCCUUCUGUCAGUAUUCUGAUAUUUAAGUCAGCAGCUCAUGUAGUGCAUGUCUGGGUUGAUCCCAGCAAUGCAGGUGAAUGGGUCAUGUGAAGGUGACUUUUACCCCUAGGUGUCUUUCCUACAUUGUUUGAAUAACAUUGUUUAUAAAUAAUCCUGUUGUGGGCAAAAUGAAACACAAAAUCUACUUUUAUCAUCAAUCUUUUAAGUAUUUCUAGUAAACUGCAGCUGAGUGUUUGAUCUCUGGGUGUGUUGAUUAAAUCUAUCAUGGUUCUUAACCAUUCAUGUUGAAAUCAUGAAAACAAAAUCCCCAAACUCCAACCAUUUAAAUAAAAACACAGAAAUUCUC